AUGUAUCAAAGAAAACAAUUAAAACGUACAACAAAUUAUUUCAUGACUGAUUACUACUCAACAAGCUCACAAUACACACCAAGAGUUUAUGCUUCAGCACUUAUUCAAGACUACACACGUCAACUCACUCAAUUGUAUCGAUUGGGGGCUCGAAAGAUGAUUGUUACAUCAGUGGGCCAGAUUGGUUGCAUAGCAUAUGAGUUAGCUAGAUUCAAUGGUAACAACAGCCGAUGUAAUGACGAUAUCAAUAAGGCUAUACAAAUUUUCAACACGGAGAUUAUAAGACUGGUCAACCGUUUCUACAGUCAAUUCCCAGGAGCCAAGUUUGUGUACAUGGAUUUUUAUCAGAACACCGUUGAUCUAUACCGGAAAGCAAGAUCCUACGUACUAUACGACUACAAGAACAAACAAAGCAACGCCAGCGACCAACGACAAUACUGAAACAUACCUUGCUAGUCGCCACCUCGAAACUCGGUAGUCACGGGCAGAGAAGGCUUUUUUGACUUUGAAUAUUAGGGACGAGGCUUGCCAGAUUGAUCUGGCCACUGGGAUGCGACCCCGCUGGAGAUGAGAAGCAGUUGCUGCCUCUGGAGAAGAAGAAGUUCUAAGGUUUUUUUGGGUCUUGUGUCUUGUCUUGGACUCUUGGUCUGGUUGGUUCGAAUAGUGUAUAGUGACAGUUAAUGAAUAGUGAAAAGUGAAAAAUGUGAUAAAAUAUAAAUUAAUAUUUUUAAAUUUUUAAUAUAAUAAUAAAAUUAAUUUAUUUUAAUG